AGAAAAGAAGAAAAGAAAAUAUUCCCCACUUAGAACAGAGCCAGAGUCCCACCAUUUGCCCCUCCACUUUUCUUUCUUUUCUACAUUUAGAGGUAAAGCUUCCAUCUCCAAAAGCUUCCAUCUCUCACUUCCUGAUGCCAUUUGCUACCCUUUAGCCUUGACCCCCACACAUCGAACUGCUGUCCAUGUGGGGCUGGGGAUGCUCAGCCUGGAAAGAGAAGGGGGCUGGCGAGGCCUCUCUGCAGCUCUAGGAAAGAUGGGCACAGAGAGGAGAAGCCUUUCAACUGCAGGAGUGAGCUUGAAGUUGGAUCUAAUGAAGCUGCUCUUUUCCACUCCGGCUGCUGGGCCACUGGCCCAGGCUGUGCACGGAGGCUGGGGAUGCUCCAUCCUUGGCAACAUCCAAGGCCAGCUGGGAGCAGGGCUCUGAGCAACAUAUUCUGGGGGAAGAUUGCUCAGCUUGGAACAAGAUGGUCUUUAGGGUCUCUUCCAAGCCCAGCCACCCAGGGAUUCCAUCAUUCAUUCUACGGUCUCCGUUGUCCACUUCAGCCUGGGCCUGAACUCCUGGCGGUGAUGUCACAGUGCAUGCUCCAGCUAGAACUUCCAGCAUCCAGCAACGGCCACAACACAACCCUUGGCUCCUUGUGUCAGCAUGCUCUUCACCCUGCUCCAAGCCUACCCCUGUCACCUUGCUUACUACCUGCUCCCGGAUACCUCCAUCAUUCCCCAAAGCACCCCAUUGCUUGGAUUUUGCUAUCCAUCCGUGCACGAUGUCUGCAUUUGCUCCAAAGAAGUUAUGGUACUAUUCCAUGGAGUCUGCCACAGACAGAGAGGAGGAGAUGGAGGUCAAUACACAGAUUGAUAGAGAGGAGGACAUGGAAGUGGACAGAGAGGAGACUCGAGAAGAAAAGAUGGAUGUGGAUGUGACAGAGAUGGAGGAAGAGAUGGAGGUGGAUACAAAGAUUGAUACAGAAGAGCACAUGGAAGUGGAUGGAGAGGAGACCGGAGAGGAAGAGAUGGAGAUCGAAAUGGAAGACCACAUUGAGGAGAUGGAUAUUGAUGGAAAAGAUGAAGAGGAGGAGGACAUGGUCUUGGGAUGAAGACCGAUGCCAGCAGCAGAACAGGACUUAGGGACAUCACAGACACAGAUGCCACCCUUCUGUGUAUAGGUUUUAGAGAUGUUAUGUUCGCAAUAGAAGUUUUAGAGUUUGCUUAUGUCUACUGUAAAUACGUUUCAUAUAGUUUGGUUAGAUAUGUUCUUAGGUAAAUAGGUUCUAUAGUUUGUUGUUGUUGUUACAAAUAUUCUUACAAUGUAAAUAUGUUGUGUAGUUCAUUC